UUUUAGUGUAUCUCGUUCUCUUACUUGGGUUCUGCUUUCCAUUUCCAGGUGCCUUUAGCUAUGACUCUGUUGCUAGUGAUGUAAUGUCGCUUCUCAGCUUCAAGAGUUCCAUUGCUUCCUUUCCGCCGAAUCUUCUUUCCGACUGGAAUCCGGCUGAGAAGUAUUAUUGUCACUGGUAUGGAGUCACUUGCGAUCCAUUAACUGGCGCUGUUAUAUCUCUUAAUAUAACGGGGACUCUGCUUCCACACUGGCCUCUCUCAAGCUCCAAUUCUACCUCACAACUGCCUCCACUAUUUCUAUUCGGAACUCUGCCUGCUUCCGUCGGGAAUCUAACUCAACUUCGGGUUCUCUCGCUUCCUUAUAAUCUGUUCUAUGGAGCGAUCCCGUCGGAGGUCGGAGCGCUUCGUUCACUGAAGAUACUCGAGCUUCAAGGAAACAACUUCUCCGGACGGAUUCCUGACCAGAGGAGAUAUCUCUCUUCUCUUAGACUUCUUAAUUUGUCUUUUAACUCUUUUUCUGGAUCUAUUCCGGAGAAAUUGAUCGGUUCCUCCCGUCUCAGAGCUAUUGAUUUGUCUUAUAAUCGGCUCACCGGUGCAAUCAAGAUCGAUCCUUCUAGUGGAUGCGAGUCUCUUAGCCAUUUGAAGCUUUCUGGUAAUCGUUUGGUGGAUAAGAUUCCACCAGAGAUCGGGAACUGCUCCAAUUUGAGGUCUCUUCUGCUUGACGGAAACAUCCUCGAAGGUCGGAUUCCGACUGAGAUCGGUAAAAUCUUACAACUUCGUAUUCUAGAUGUUUCUAGGAACAGUCUCAGUGAUAGGAUUCCGAGAGAGCUAGCUAAAUGCCGGAAACUCUCUGUCGUCGUAUUGACGAAUUUGAUCGAUCCCAUAUCCAUCAAUGAUAAAGUUUUAGAAUUCAAUGCUUUUAUGGGAGGGAUUCCUUCUGAAAUAUUCUUGCUUCCGAACCUAGAGAUUCUCUGGGCUCCUAGAGCUAACCUCGUUGGUAGAUUGCCAACUAGUUGGAAUGAUUCUUGCAAACUGCGAGUGGUCAAUUUGGGGCAGAAUUAUAUAACCGGCCCGCUGUCUGGAGCAAUAGGGCAGUGUAAACGUCUCUCCUUUCUGGAUUUGAGUUCAAAUGUUUUGCAGGGCUUCCUUCCUUCACAACUGCCGGUUCCGUGUAUGGUUUAUUUUAACAUCAGCCGCAAUUCUUUAUCUGGUUCAUUGCCGGCAUUUGCAAAUGGUAGUUGUCUUAGUAGUGUGAACUCAGAUAGCCAAGAUAAUAAUGUCUUAAACUAUCCGAUGCAUAAACUGUUUGAAUCAAUGUUUAGGGAGGAUUCUGUAGUCCUACAUGACUUCAGCUGGAAUAGAUUCUCUGGUUCGUUGCCACUAUUUUCACUCAAAAACGAGUUACUGCCUGAGUUACGACCUGCUGAGCAUAGAACCUCAUACUACUUGUUACUGAACAAUAAUCGGUUCAGUGGGUCUCUUCCAGAUAAGAUUUUCUCAGAUUGCAAAAAUCUGCGUACCUUCACUGUUAAUUUAAGUGUCAACCAUUUAUCAGGUGGAAUUUCCCAAGGUCUGCUUCUCAGCUGUUCGCAGCUCAUUGGUUUUGAUGCAGCUCACAAUCAGAUUGGGGGGUCAAUCCCUUCUGGAAUCGGCAAUUCCCAGUUGCUUCAACGCCUUGACUUGAGAGGAAACAGGUUCAAUGGGUCUGUGCCUAAUCAGUUGGGGAAAUUAAAAGAUCUGAAAUGGGUUCUUCUGGGUGGGAACCUUUUAACCGGAGAAAUCCCUGCUCAGGUUGGCCAUUUGGCUUCUUUGAUGGUUUUGGAUCUAUCUGCAAAUGCUCUAACAGGAUCUAUCCCUGCAACUUUGGCAGAUGCUUCUAACCUUAAGGUUUUGUUGCUUGACCACAACGAGCUGUCUGGGGAGAUCCCUUCAUCUCUGUCAAAUCUCAGAAGUUUGGUUGUAGUGAAUGUUUCUUUCAACAAUCUUUCUGGUUAUAUACCCUAUCUUCGGUCCUUGAUUGAUUGUGAUUGCUUCAAAGGAAAUGCAUUCCUGCAGCCGUGCCUAGAUCCACACUCAGCAUCCCCAGCUGGGUUUCAAUUGCCACUUGAAGUGCAAAACUCGCGUGGUAGGAAGAGUGUACUGAAGUCAUUGAUUACUGCAAUGGUGGCUUCCGCAUCAGUUGUAGUCUUUAUUCUCCUAGCUAUAGUUCUAUUCCUGGCAUUUGGAAGGAGAAAGUUCAGUAGACUCCCCAGCCUAAGGAGGAAAGUAAUUGUGACAUUUACUGAUGCUCCAUCCGAGUUGAAUUAUGAUAAUGUGGUUAGAGCAACUGGUAAUUUCAGUAUUCGGAACUUGAUUGGCAUGGGUGGCUUCGGAGCAACUUACAAGGCAGAGCUGGUUCCGGGUUUCUUAGUAGCCGUGAAGAGGCUCUAUGUAGGUAGAUUCCAAGGCAUUCAGCAGUUUGAUGCAGAGAUAAGAACUUUAGGAAGGAUACGAUACAAGAACCUUGUUACUCUUAUUGGAUACCAUAUGGGAGAAACUGAGAUGUUCCUAAUUUACAACUAUCUGUCGGGUGGAAAUCUUGAAACUUUCAUACAUGAAAAACUAGGCAUAAAUGCGCAAUGGCCUGUCAUCUACAAGAUAGCUCUAAACAUAGCACAGGCACUGGCUUUUCUUCAUUAUUCUUGUGUCCCUCGAAUAAUUCAUCGGGACAUUAAGCCUAGCAACAUCUUGCUGGAUGAGGAACUUAAUGCCUACUUAUCAGAUUUUGGAUUGGCAAGGCUUCUCGAAGUAUUUGAAACCCAUGCCACUACAGAUGUGGCUGGCACGUUUGGGUAUGUUGCUCCAGAAUAUGCAACGACUUGCAGGGUGUCUGAGAAAGCAGAUGUUUAUAGCUUUGGUGUGGUGCUCUUAGAAUUGAUGUCUGGGAAGAGGUCUCUUGAUCCAUCAUUCUCUGAGUAUGGCAAUGGGUUCAAUAUAGUUACAUGGAGCAAGUUUCUAAUCAAGGAAGGGCGAUCAUCUGAGCUGUUCUUCCCAGAGCUGUGGGAUGCAGGGCCCAAGGAGAAUUUGUUGGGUUUAUUAAAGCUAGCAUCAACCUGCACAAUGGAGUCACUUUCCAUACGGCCAUCUAUGAAGCAUGUCGUAGAGAAACUAAAACAGUUGGUGACUGUGUAAAAGCUAAUUAUUUUGUUUGUACUUUGGAAACUCAGGUGCUGUGAAACUAAUGACAAGAUAAUGACA